AUGAAGGCCGUCGAAGCCUUCGUCGACGGACUCAACAUCCUGUCCGUCGUCGUUCUCUACUCUCUACUAUGGGUCAUCACCCCCAAGAUGCCCAAUCCCGACCCCUCGGGACCCAAGACAAACAAGAUUUACGAUGUGCUCAUGCGCGUGUCGUACAUCAUCAUCUUCAUCCUCGGCUGGAUCUGGUGCAGCAAUGUCAUGGCCCAAGUCGACAAGCCAUACCUGGAUGAGAUCUUUCAUAUUCCUCAAGCCCAGAAGUUCUGUCAAGGAAGAUGGGACGAGUGGGAUGACAAGAUUACCACUCCUCCUGGCUUGUACAUUCUAUCCAAAUACUACCUUCAAGUGAUGAUGAGACCCGACUGCUCCGUCCUCGAUCUCCGUGGCGUCAACAUCAUCGCCAUUCUCGGCGUCGGCAUCCUCGCGACUCACUGCCGCCAUCUCCUCGAGAAUCGCCGCCCCGACGCCAAGUCCCCAGCACCCCCAGCAGUGCUCUCCUUCCACUCGAUUCACCUGGGCUGGAACAUUGCCCUCUUUCCUGUUCUCUUCUUCUUCUCGGGUCUGUACUACACCGACGUCGUCUCGACUCUGUCAGUCCUUAUUGCCUACUAUCACCACCUCCACCGCGUCCGUGAGGAGCGCAGUUCUUUCUUGAGUGACUGGAUCACUAUCGUCCUCGGCGUCUUGACUCUUGUCAUGAGACAGACCAAUGUCUUUUGGGUUGUCGUGUAUAUGGGCGGCUUGGAGGCUGUCGCCGCUGUCAAGGCCCUCCGUCCUGAUCCGGUGGCUAAGCCCAGCAUGACGACACUCGGCGAGGUUGUGAAAUUCUACGGGUGGAGAUACUCUGUUGGGGAUGUGCAUGAUCCGCCUCUCAACACUGCGUGGCCAGAUGACUUAUUCUUCUCCGCGCUGAGCAUCAGCAUCGCGGCUCUGGCUAAUCCUCUUCGCAUACUAAAGAAGGUCUAUCCGCACAUUACCAUCAUGGCCCUCUUCGCCGGCUUCGUUGCCUGGAACGGCGGCGUCGUGCUCGGCGAUAAAUCCAACCAUGUCGCGACAAUCCACCUCGCCCAAAUGCUCUACAUCUGGCCUCUCUUCGCAUUCUUUUCUUUCCCACUCUUCCUACCUUCCGUCAUUGGGGUCCUCCGUUUCGUUCACGGUCUCUACCGUACCACCUUCAAGACGAGCACAGUCAAGGGCGCAGACUCCGAUAGCAGCACACACGGCCGCAAGCACGCUCUCAGCGGACCUGCUCAAGGUAGCUCUUCAAAGAAACAAAAACUCCAAACUCAAGACUCUACCGAGCAACUCGAUUCAGCAACCACCCCCUCAACCUCCAUCAUCCUCACCACCCUCCAGAAAGUCAUCGGUUCCAAACUCUACCACCUCCUCCUAACGCCCGCCCUCCUCCUUCUGACCCUGCUCGUCGUCAGAUUCAACACCAUCAUUCACCCCUUCACCCUCGCAGAUAACAGACACUACAUGUUCUACAUCUUCCGCUACACCAUCCGCCGCCCGGGCCUGUUCCGCUACUACCUCAUCAUCCCCUACACCCUCGCCCGCUGGUUAUGCUGGGACGCACUCGCCGGCUGCGGCCAAGGCGGUUUCCUCUCAGACCACACCGCUGAUUGCUCGGGGCGGUACACCGCGCUCCGUCCCGGACCAUGGCAGAAUAACCCCUUUAGCACCGCAAGCCCCUACCGCGAAGAAAAGCCCCCUGCAACAGAGCCUCUGGACGACUCCGAGGCCGUCACAAACGCAGAAGGAAAAGAACCCAAGGACCGCCACAACCCCUACGCCAUCAUCACCCUCGCAGACCAGACAUCCUACACCACAGAGCCCACCGCCUCAUCGACCGCAAUCCUCCUCCUCCUCGCGACGACCCUCUCGCUAAUGACGGCGCCCCUCGUCGAGCCGCGCUACUUCAUCCUCCCCUGGGUCUUCUGGCGCAUUCUCGUCCCGGCGUGGAGACUCCACGACCACGCUGCCACACAUCCGGUUCUCUCAAAGGCCGAGAAGUUGCCCAUCCUGGGCUCGUUGGUCAGGUUCGGAAAGAAGUUUGAUGUGCGACUUAUGCUAGAGACUCUCUGGUUCGUGCUUGUCAACUUGAUCACCAUGUACAUAUUCCUCGGCAAGCCAUACCUAUGGAGGGCAGAGGAUGGCAGGGUAUUGGAAAAUGGUCGGAUGCAGCGGUUCAUGUGGUAG